AUGACAGAGCCAAUUCUAUUUCCGCAAUCACCAACCACAACAAAAUUAAAAAUUCAAACUAUCAACGUUACCAAAAUUAGUGUCAAAAAAAACAAUAAUAUUAUAACAACAACAACAGAAAAUAAUACAAAUUUAAAAAUUUUUUCUUCCCUUAUAAAUGAUAACAAUGUUAGAUUAAUUGAUUAUACAGAAUUUGAGGAUAUAAUUACACUAAAUACAGAAUGUUAUGGUUUGAUUAAGAAAGCAUAUUGGAAGAAAGAAGAGAAAUAUAUUUAUCUAAAAUUUAUAAAUGAUUUAGAAUAUCAAUUGAAGAAAAUCAAUGAGAGGAAUAAUCAAAUUAUACAACAAUCCAAGCAUGAAAAUAUUAUUCAAUUUUAUGGAGUCAGUCAAGAUAAAGAGAAAAAUAAUUAUUUCUUAGUAUUACAAUAUACUAACGAUGGAAGCUUGAGAGAAUACUUGGCCAAGAAUAAAGAAAAUUUAAAAUGGGUUGAUAAAUUAAGAUUGGCAAAAGAUAUCGCAGCUGGAUUAAAAAUUCUACACGAUAAUGAUAUAUUUCAUGGGGAAUUGGAUGACGCCGUAUCCUCAACAACACCAUCAUACAAAAUUUCAGUGCCAGGCAUAAUACCAUACAUAGAUCCACAAACGUUUGCUAAAAGAUCAAGCCCUCGCACUCACAAUCUUCAAAAACUAAGAGAACAACAGCAACAGAUAAAAAAAAAUGAUGAUGAUGAAUACUUGAAUCAUCUUAAAUCAGAUAUUUAUAGUUUGGGUGUGGUUUUAUGGGAGAUAUCUACUAAUAAAAUACCUUUUGAUGACUCAAAAAAUCAAGUAGUAUUAACAGUUUCAAUAAUGAUCAGGAAUAAAAGAGAAUUACCCGCUGAAGUCAACGCUGAAGUCAACGAUGGGGUCAAUGAUAAAGAUUUUUUAGUAAGAGAUAAAAGAUCAAGUCAUAUGGAAACUAUUGGUGAUUUAACAACGGUAAGUUUAGAAAUAUGGGAAACUCCUGAAAAUAUUUCCAUGAAUCCUUCGACUCAACUACAAACUAAAGAUGAAAAUUCAGAUUCAAAACCGAUACCAAAAAAUAUAUUAACUUCAAAAAGUCCAUGUCAAAGUGAUUCAAUUAUUGACUAUACAGAAUUGGCUUCACCAACUAAUUCAAAACCUAGAAAAAGAAGCAAAAAAAAUAAGAGCAAGAAUGAAAAAAUUAAUUCUACUGCUGCUUCUUCUACCACUAAAGGAAAAUGCUCAUCAAAUCCAGGGAAAAAAAAAAGUUUUUUUAGGAAAAUUUGUUUUUUUUCCAUAAUGUUUCCAAACAAAUAA